UGAAGAACUACCAUCACAUGGGAUGUAAGAAGGAUCAGCGGUCUUUGUCAGACAUCGACCAAAGAUUAUUUGAAGCACUCGUGCGUAUCAGUAUACAAAUAGUGUGGAUAGCGCUUGGUCGAAAACAUUUUUGUGAAAUAGAAUGUGAAACUCAUCGUAUAUUAAAGUCGGAAAUAUUUAAUCCUGUGGAGCAUUCGUUAAAGACAGCAUUUAAUUUUGUACCCUAUAUGGAGCCGGGGGAACGAUCGGUGUUGUUCGGACGUUGUGUUCGCCUGGACAGGAUGACAAAGACACGAUCACCAUUGAUGAAUGAUGUGUUUUGCCACAGAUCUAAUAAUUACCGCUUAUUAGGACUUGGAGUUAUCAAUUAUCCACAGUUGUCACCUCGACUGAAGUAUUUAUAUACAUAUGUGGCCGGUACAGAAGAGGCUUUAGUGAAUUCAGGCUUAACGUUGGGUAUCAUUGGUCUACCACGAGCUCAAUUCGACACCAUGUUACGUCUUCUCCCGCCCCCGCCUCCAUGUGAGCUUAAGUCUAAAAGCUUACUGUUGUUACAAAGUCCUGUUACCUCAAGAAGCACCAUGAAGAAAGUUAAGCUCGUGCUGCCACCUAUCAAGAUACCACAUGAAGACCACACCUACGUCGAUUGUCCUCCAUCGUUUCCAUCUGAGUUCAUUCAAGGAAAUCCAAUCAGUGAAGUACAGCAUAAACGAUGGCUUCAACGAUUGAAGACACUGUUAAGGUCAUCCGACAUUUAA